AUUUGAGGGCGGCAGCGCCGAGUCGAUUGCUCGACUCUUUUUUUUGCCCUCUCCUCUGUUGAAAGCGCUGCGUCUCUCUCUACUCGCCCUCUCAUGGGUUCUUCCUCUCUAAGUCGUUGGUUGAGGCCCGAGGUUUAUCCACUGUUUGCAGCGGUUGGGGUUGCGGUUGGCAUCUGCGGUUUCCAACUGGUUCGUAACAUCUGCAUCAACCCAGAAGUCAGGGUGAACAAGGAGGCGAGAGCUGCGGGGAUACUUGAGAACUUUACAGAGGGAGAGAGGUACGCCGAGCACAGUCUGAGAAAGUUUGUCCGCAACCGAUCCCCAGAGAUCAUGCCUUCGAUCAACGGUUAUUUCACAGACCCUAAAUGAAACCCUCGCUUUCUCUGUCGCGAUAAACAAACAUGGCAUUAAUGCUUUCAGUGAGUCAGGUCUCCAUUUUAAUUGUCUGCUAAACUCUUGUAUGUGUUGCGAAACAGCAGAUUGAUUUUAGGGUAGUUUGAGUUACAUGCCAUUGUCGUCAAUCAAAGACUCAAGCUUUGCAAUAAUUUGGACUUACCUUCUGUUCUCUUUAUUGGUUUUGGAUGUGGGGCUCAUUAUCCAGUCUAUAUGAUUAUUCUCAGCUUUAAGGAAAUGUUUU